AAUACUUUAAAUUUUAUUUAGGAGAUGUCCCAGAAAGCAAAAAACCAAAAUUACCACCUGGUGUUACUUAUGAAAAAGCGAUAACCGAUUAUCUUCGUGAAAUGGUUGUCGAUUGUGGCGGAGGAACCGUGGAUUUAACAAUUAGAAGAUUAUUAUCAGAUGAUCGAAUUGCGGAAACAACCGAACGCACGGGUGAUUUUUGUGGUGGUACUUAUGUUGACGACGAAUUCCUAAAAGUCUUAGAAGAUAAAGUAGGUAGAUCUGCAAUGAGAAUGCUAAAAGAGAAACACUAUGAUCAAUUCAAGGACAUUGAACUGGACAUUGAAAAAAAAUGUCCAGCGCUUAAGCAAUACAUCACUGGUCCAGAAAGAGAUAAAUUAGAAGAAGAAGAAUGGAUUAUUGAUCUUGACUUUGAUACUGUAAAAUCCCUUUUCGAUCCAGUAAUUGCAAGAAUUUUAAGGUUAAUUGGUGACCAAUUGUCAAAAUGUUCAGAUUGUUCUGUGCUAUUUUUAGUGGGAGGUUUUGGUGAAUCGAAGUACCUACAAUAUAGAAUUAAAGAAAGGUUUGAAAAUCAAGUGAUGGUAGCAACUAGAAAAGGGACAGAAGUGGAUGUUAAUGAAGAAUUCUCUGAUAGUAUGGUACCAAUUUAUCCGGAUCAAACUUCUAUAUUGUUUCAAUUUUUUUAUACUACAAACUAUAGUGCAACGUAUUGUGAUGAACCUGGAAUGAAAAAAUUGGGUAGUUUUGAGGUUGAUGGUCUACCCACUGAACAAUCAGGAUUAGAUCGUUCAGUAUUGAUAACAUUACGUUUUGCAUCAAUGGAAAAUACUGUUGCAACAGCAAAGAGUGAACAUAGUGGUGAAGUCUAUC